GCACGAUGGACGGCUGCCCAAGCCAAUCACUGGCGAGUCAAGGUCGGCCGCGCCGCCGACGGAGCUCAAUCGGCGGCGAGAGCGGCGGACGGGGCGGGCCCAACGUGGGCUUCCGGCGGGGCCCGGCAGGCGCCGAGGAGGAAGAGUGAACCCGGACGGCGCUUCUCGGCCGAGUGUGGGCGCGGACCAGGAUGACGACUUCAGGCGCUCUGUUCCCAAGCCUGGUGCCAGGCUCUCGUGGGUCCUCCAACAAGUAUUUAGUGGAAUUUCGGGCAGGAAAAAUGUCACUAAAAGGAACUACCGUCACCCCAGAUAAGCGGAAAGGGCUCGUGUACAUUCAGCAGACAGAUGACUCCCUCAUUCACUUCUGCUGGAAAGACAGGACGUCUGGGAAUGUGGAAGACGACCUGAUUAUCUUCCCCGAUGACUGUGAGUUCAAGCGCGUGCCCCAGUGCCCCAGCGGGAGGGUCUAUGUGCUCAAGUUCAAGGCUGGGUCCAAGCGGCUCUUCUUCUGGAUGCAGGAGCCCAAGACGGACCAGGAUGAAGAACACUGCCGGAAGGUCAACGAGUACCUGAACAACCCCCCAAUGCCCGGGGCACUGGGAGCCAGCGGGAGUGGUGGCCAUGAGCUCUCUGCACUUGGUGGUGAGGGCGGCUUACAGAGCCUGCUGGGGAACAUGAGCCACAGCCAGCUCAUGCAGCUUAUCGGACCGGCCGGCCUCGGAGGACUGGGUGGGCUGGGGGCCCUGACUGGGCCAGGCUUGGCCAGCUUACUGGGGAGUGGAGGGCCUCCAGCAAGCAGCUCCUCAUCCAGCUCCCGGAGCCAGUCGGCAGCAGUCACCCCGUCUUCUACCACAUCUUCUGCCCGUGCCACCCCAGCCCCUUCUGCUCCAGCAGCCACCUCAGCGACUAGCCCAAGCCCCGCACCCAGUUCAGGUAACGGAGCCAGCACUGCAGCCAGUCCAGCCCAGCCCAUCCAACUGAGUGACCUCCAGAGCAUUCUUGCCACCAUGAAUGUGCCAGCUGGGCCAGGUGGUGGCCAGCAAGUGGACCUGGCUAGCGUGCUGACACCGGAGAUCAUGGCUCCUAUCCUCGCCAAUGCGGACGUCCAGGAGCGCCUUCUGCCCUACCUGCCCUCUGGGGAGUCACUGCCACAGACCGCAGAGGAAAUCCAGAACACACUGACCUCACCCCAGUUCCAGCAGGCCCUGGGCAUGUUCAGUGCGGCCUUGGCCUCGGGGCAGCUGGGCCCUCUCAUGUGCCAGUUUGGCCUGCCUGCAGAAGCUGUGGAGGCCGCCAACAAGGGCGACGUGGAAGCGUUUGCCAAAGCCAUGCAGAACAGCGCCAAGUCUGAGCAGAAAGAGGGCGAUGCAAAGGACAAGAAAGAUGAGGAAGAGGACAUGAGCUUGGAUUAAGUUAUUUGCUAUCUCCAGGGAAUUGGCGUCUUAGUCCUGUGACUUCAGUAGUGGCAUUUGUGGUUUGUUGCACACCUCUGUUCCAACCUACUAAUAAAGUCUUUUCUUUUACC